AUGGAGGCUAAUAUGGCAAAUUAUGGCAAUAAAAAUCGCCAAGAUCUCCUUUUGCAUGACGUUGACCAAUCAACGGCUGUGGACAACAAAAGGAUUGUACCGCCAGCAUCAGUUGUGGCUCUGUGUGGGAAAUCUGAAGUACUGAAGCACUAUGGUCAUAUCUCAGCUGUUUUAGAUGAAAAUGGUAGAGGUGUUGGAUUGAAUAAAUGGAAGAAGAAACUGUAUGCCGCAAUAGUUUGCAAUUGCAACAAUCACGCCCGCCAAUGUCGCUUCAAUAUGGAACUUUUCAAAUUGUCCGGACGUGUGUCGGGUGGUGUGUGCACAAAUUGUCGACACUCGACAACGGGUCGCCACUGUCAUUAUUGCAAAGAGGGUUUCUAUCGGGAUCCCAGCAAGCCAUUGAAUCAUCGACGAGUCUGUAAAGCCUGUGACUGCCACCCGGUUGGUUCGACUGGCAAAACUUGCAAUCACACCUCAGGUCAAUGUCCCUGCAAAGAUGGUGUAACUGGUCUCACCUGCAAUCGUUGUGCUCGUGGUUAUCAACAAAGUCGUUCACACAUUGCACCCUGUAUAAAAACUCCACCACGCAUUAGCAAUAUGCUGGAUACACAAAAUACCGCUCCCGAACCACAUGACUCCGCAUCACCUUACCGUACGGAAGGUGGGAGGGAAUGCGAAAAAUGCAAGAUAAGCACAAAAAGGUUAAACCUCAACAAGUUUUGCAAAAGAGAUUACGCAAUAAUGGCCAAAGUGAUUGGACGGGAACAGAGUACCGAGGUGACGAGCAGCGAACAGUACAACACCAAAGAAAAUCAAAGAAUGAACGACGCCGACAGCGUGGAAAUGGGCAACGUUCGGAACGGCGACGAGGAGGAGGAGGCGGAGGACAGCAACGUGAAAUUCAUCAUACAAAUCCAGGCCAUUUUCAAGAGAACACCGCUCGAGUACGCAACUACGAAUACAAUACUAAGACGCGGUCCUAUGACCUGGAUCAUUCCGAUGAAGAAUUUGGAGUGUAGAUGUCCCAAAAUUAAAAUGAAUAAAUCUUAUUUAAUUUUGGGCCGCGAUUCAGAAGCCCCACCUGGCUAUUUGGGCAUUGGUCCACGUUCAAUUGUUAUCGAAUGGAAAGAUGAAUGGUAUCGGCGCAUGAAACGUUUCCAGCGCAGAGCGCGUACAUGCGAAUAAAUUAGUGUUUUUUAUUUUAAUUUCUUUUUUAAUUUAUA